CCGAGAGGGCUCGUAGAGGCUAGGCGCCGAGGAGUGAGUGCUGGUGGGCCGAAGCGAUGAUCCCCCCGCAGGAGGCGUCCGCCCGGCGGCGGGAGAUCGAGGACAAGCUGAAGCAGGAGGAGGAGACGCUGUCCUUCAUCAGAGACAGCCUGGAGAAGAGCGACCAGCUCACCAAGAACAUGGUGUCUAUCCUGUCGUCCUUUGAGAGCCGCCUGAUGAAGCUGGAGAACUCCAUCAUCCCUGUGCACAAGCAGACAGAGAACCUGCAGCGGCUGCAGGAGAAUGUUGAGAAGACCCUGUCCUGCCUGGACCAUGUCAUCAGCUACUACCACGUGGCCAGCGACACUGAGAAAAUCAUCAGGGAGGGCCCCACGGGCAGGCUGGAGGAGUAUCUGGGCAGCAUGGCCAAGAUUCAGAAGGCGGUGGAGUAUUUCCAGGACAACAGCCCAGACAGCCCAGAGCUCAACAAAGUGAAGCUGCUGUUUGAGCGGGGGAAGGAGUCGCUGGAGUCCGAGUUCCGCAGCCUAAUGACCAGGCACAGUAAGGUCGUCUCGCCCGUGCUCAUCCUGGAUCUGAUCAGCGGCGAGGACGAGCUGGAGGUGCAGGAGGAGGUGCCCCUGGAGCACCUACCGGAGGGGGUGCUCCAGGACGUGGUCCGCAUCUCCCGCUGGCUGGUGGAGUUCGGCCGCAACCAAGAUUUCAUGAACGUCUACUACCAGAUUCGGUCCAGCCAGCUCGACCGCUCCCUCAAGGGCCUGAAGGAGCACUUCCGGAAGAGUAGCUCUUCCUCUGGGGUUCCCUACUCCCCUGCCAUCCCCAACAAGAGGAAAGACACGCCCACCAAGAAGCCCACCAAGAGGCCAGGUACCCAGGACAGAAAGCAGGUGUCUACGCACCCAGCAAGCCCCCGCGCUCCAGGGACGAUCCGUAAGGCUCAGAACCUUCUGAAACAGUAUUCCCAGCAUGGUCUAGAUGGGAAAAAGGGGGGCUCUAACCUCAUUCCUCUGGAAGGUCACGAGCAUGAUUUCCGAGUUAAGCACCUGUCGGAGGCCCUGAACGACAAGCACGGGCCGCUGGCUGGGAGAGACGACACGCUGGACGUGGAGACCGAUGCCUACAUUCACUGCGUCAGCGCCUUCGUCAAGCUGGCCCAGAGCGAGUACCAGCUCCUGAUGGACGUCAUCCCCGAGCACCAUCAGAAAAAGACCUUUGACUCCCUGAUCCAGGAUGCGCUGGAUGGGCUGAUGCUGGAGGGCGAGAACAUCGUGUCCGCUGCCCGGAAGGCCAUCAUCCGGCACGACUUCUCCGCCGUGCUCACCGUCUUCCCCAUCCUGCGGCACCUCAAGCAGACCAAGCCGGAGUUUGACCAGGUGCUCCAGGGAACUGCUGCCAGCACCAAGAACAAGCUGCCUGGCCUCAUCACCUCCAUGGAGACCGUCGGAGCCAAGGCGCUGGAGGACUUUGCCGACAACAUCAAGAAUGACCCAGACAAAGAAUACAACAUGCCCAAGGAUGGCACCGUGCACGAGCUCACAAGCAACGCCAUCCUCUUCCUACAACAGCUCCUAGACUUCCAGGAGACGGCCGGUGCCAUGCUGGCCUCCCAAGUUCUUGGGGACACAUACAAUAUUCCUUUAGACCCCCGAGAGACUAGUUCUUCAGCCACCAGCUACAACUCCGAGUUCAGCAGGCGCCUGCUGAGCACAUAUAUCUGUAAAGUCCUGGGCAAUCUGCAGCUGAACUUGCUGAGCAAGUCCAAGGUGUAUGAGGACCCGGCUCUGAGCGCCAUCUUCCUGCACAACAACUACAACUACAUCCUGAAGGCCCUGGAGAAGUCCGAGCUGAUCCAGCUGGUGGCCGUGACCCAGAAGACUGCUGAGCGCUCUUACCGGGAACACAUUGAGCAGCAGAUCCAGACCUACCAGCGCAGCUGGUUAAAGGUGACUGACUACAUCGCUGAAAAGAAUCUACCUGUAUUCCAACCAGGAGUCAAGCUGAGGGACAAGGAGCGGCAGAUGAUCAAGGAGCGGUUCAAGGGCUUCAAUGACGGCCUUGAAGAACUGUGCAAGAUCCAGAAAGCCUGGGCUAUUCCUGACACGGAGCAGAGAGACAAGAUUCGCCAAGCUCAGAAAAACAUCGUCAGGGAGACCUACGGGGCCUUUCUGCACAGGUACGGCAGCGUGCCCUUCACUAAGAACCCCGAGAAGUACAUCAAGUACCGCGUGGAGCAGGUGGGCGACAUGAUCGACCGCCUCUUUGACACCUCUGCCUGAGCUCGCUGCCGUCGCUGCCCGGUCCCGCCAGCUCAGCCGUGUUGUGGGACAGAUAAACCAGUGUUAGCUUGCCUU